AAAGGUAUAUUUAUAUAUAAAGGUAUAUUUACAGUGAAUGUGAUCUUUUUUAGAAAAAAGAAAAAUAUAUAUGUAAAAUGAAAUGUACGUAAGUAACAUGUGCAACAUAAAUCAAUGACGUCAAUAAUUUCCUAAAAUGAAUCUUUUAAUCUUAAACUUGGUGACGAAUUAUUAAGAAAAAACUUGUUUUGAUCAUAUUAUUAUUGUAUUCUUAUUAUUAUUCGAUUAUUAUGUUGAAGUAUAAGUAAAAAGUAAGAUUUAUACUAAAAUAUGAUUUGCAAUAAUUAAAAACAUUCGGAAUAAUGUAAGUUAAAAGCAAAUUAAAAAAGUCGAAAAUUGCUGGAUGAAUUGCCAUGGCAAUGACGAUGACAGUGAUAGUGAGAGCAAACCUCUACGAACUUCGCUGUGUGUGACAUCACUCUUCAUUGUUGGAGGUUUACGUCAUUCUCGAGUCUGGUCCUAAGUCGGUGCGCGCGACCUACAGUAGUAUAUACAUGCGACAGACUAGUGGCGGGAAGUGAUAGAGACGAAAAAGACAAAAAAUAUCUAAAUUAUUAUUGUAAUUAAGUGAAAUAUAUUAAACGUUUCGUUUUUCAUUAAAAUAAAAUCAUUGUUUGUCUAUAGUGACUUCUUUUUUUGAAUCAAAAAUUGGAAACUAUUAAGCUUAUAAGUAAGAAAAGGAAAAAGGAUACUGUGCCUAUGCAAUGGAGGAGUGAGGGUAACUAAUCGUAAGAAGGAUAGAGAGGAGAGGGUGAAAGAAAAAGAAAGAAGGUGUACGAGAUAGAAAAGGAACAUGAUAUGAAGCGCGACGUUUAACAGUGGUAGCGCUGAUUUGUGAUUUCAUCAACGAUUACUGAUUUCGAGAGAACUUAAUCUGAAUCGAGUGUAGUGCUUUCGAACUGUAGAGUAUUUUUCGCGCGUUUAUAAAAUUAUACGCGAUAUCACUGAUAUCAAAAGAAUGUUCACGAGUAUGUAAUUUAUUUGUGAUUUGUCCACAGCAGUGCCUCUUUGACGACGCGCUCUUACAUUUUAAAUAUAACGGUGUAUAAAUAAGUAUGAGCAAUAGCGGGAGUGUACUAUCAGAUCUCUCAUUGUUGAUUUUUCCAGAGAAUCUGAGUUUGAUUACCGCGUUUUUUUAUUCGGAUUUGAGACUUAUAAAUGAAUGCACAUGAAAUGCAGUCGAAAUCAAUGUUUUUCCCUUUGAAGUUUACCACAUAUGUUUUUUAUGCGUGGGCAUGCAGCACCGAACUAUCAUCAAGGUUAGUGUGCCUGACAGGUUCUCCAUCGCCUUGCAAACUUACGCUAGUUCUCAAUGGGUAGCAGUGAAUAGCUGCAGUAGGAAAAUUCAAAAUUCUCCUCUGUUGAAUGAUUAAAAAAAUAAAUAUAUCAAAUAGGCAUAGAUUCUUUGCCUAAUUCACAUUAUUUUAUACAAUGAAAUCUUUCUAUAUAUUUGUUCAAGUUUAUAUCAAGAGAUAUCGACAAAAUCUAUGGAAAAAAAACAUACGUAAUGUUGUCACUUGUAUACUGGAUACACAUACACAAAGAGUGGCAACUUACUAAAAAUUAUCUGAUUAUUGGUCCUCAUGCUUAUAUAAUGCUCCAAGAAUUUUAUAUUUUUAUCAUUGAAUUGGCACAUUUGUGCAAAAAAAGAACAGCCGUUUCUAUGAGUGCUACUCAUUUGUUACACUGUGAUGGAAAGGAUAUUAACAAUAAAAGUGCUUCAAGUAGAAUGGCAUGUGAGGUAUUUCUGGGUGGAUCUUGUAAUCCGACCACAUGGAGAUCAGAAAUAGCGAUACCAACUUUACAAAAACUCGGAAUUACUUAUUACAAUCCCCAAGUAUCACAAUGGGGACCAGAAUUGAUAGCUCAAGAAUAUGAAGCAAAACAAACGGCGAAAGUAUUACUAUUCGUAAUCGAUAAUCAAACACGCAAUAGUGCAGGCAUCAUUGAAGCAGCUCAGUUGGCAGCUACGCGCCGCGAAUCUUUAAUCCUUGUUAUUUAUCCAUAUCGUCAAGGUCAAACGAUACUUGGCGAAACUGUAUCUAUUCAAGAAUAUUGUGACCUGAUGAAUGGUUUGCUAGUACUUCAGUAUUUAAUGGAGAAACAGAGGAUACCAAUAUUUGAAAGUGUAUCUAUUGCACUGAAUUGUACAUCUAAGGUGCUACGUGAGGAAAUUAAUGUGCAAGAUCUGCAUUCCGAAGAUGGCAUUAGACCAAUUAAAAUAUCAUUCAAUCAAAAUGGAAUAGAUUUAGUUAUACUCAGAGAGAUUUUCAAGUCUAUGGAUAUGAGUGACAGUGGAAGUAUAAACUUAGAAGAAGCUUGGAUAGCAUUACAAUCGAGUGUUAAGUGCAACGUAUCAUCGAUGCCAGAAUUUCUUAGUAUCGUAAAUAAAUCUGAAACUUAUAGGUCAUUGACAGAUGAUGGAUUUUUGAGCAAAAGGGAUCCAACGGAAUUGCGGAUAAACUUCGAACAGUUUUGUGCCUUAGCUACUGAAUCAUCGUGGAGGAUGAAAAGCAACGGCGUCUCUUGUGAAAGUGAGAUACCUUCAGUUUGGAGUAUAUUAUGUAGGAAGGCAACGAAAUUUCUUCGCAGAGCUAUCGUGCAACCUUUUAAUCGUUUCUUAGAUUGGACCAAUUUCUUCGUGCCAGAAUCCGAGAAGAGAGACUUGUACAUUGGAGUAAUCGGUAAAGAUCAGUUUUGGUUAGAAACGAUCGCCAUACCCUCGAUCGAAUCUAUUGGAUUAUCUUUAUAUCGAUCAAGCCUGAAUGAGUACAACGUAAGAGUAUUGCCACAAGAAUUGCAGAGAAUGAAAAAUUCGCGGUUAAUAUUAUUAAUUAUACCGCAACAUUCACGUGGUAUCACUAUAAUGGCAUUGGCAGCUCACCUCAUUGGAUUACGCGCAAAAUUAGUCCUAUGCGUUCAAACGCUUCCCGAAGACUGCGUAGUUUCUGGUGAAAAGCUAACUGAACAAGCCAUAAAAGACUACAAUCGGGGAAGAAUGUACCUGUCGGACUAUGCGUCGCGCGAAGGUACAUGGCUUUUGGCUAGACAAAAAAUAAUGGCCACACAAUCUAUUGAUCCAUAUCCAAUAACCACAGAUUCUACAAAUAGGAGAAAGACCGACAAUUGUGGUAAACUGUUGAUACAAUUUUUUUUAAUUUAUUGGAAAUCGUUUGUAAUCAUACUAUGGCCACUGAUUCUAUUGCCCAUUGUUAUCAUUGAAACUACCGAGGUAAAAGCGAUGCGAUGUUUAUACGUGAUUGGUUUGAUGGCAAUAUUCUGGAUGACCGAAGUGCUUCCUUUACCAAUCACAGGUUUAAUUCCUAUUUUUCUUUAUCCACUGUUGGGCAUAAUGAGCACUGGUGACACUUGUAUGUGUUAUAUGAAUGAUACUACAAUGAUGUUUAUUGGUAGUAUGGUGAUUGCGAUCGUUAUUGAAAAUUCUGGCCUACACAUACGUAUCGCGCUAUUGAUCAUUAAAUUGAUUGGUUGCAGUCAUCGAAGAUUAACACUGGGCUUGUUUUGCGUAACUAUGUUUUUAUCUAUGUGGAUUUCAAAUACUGCUGCCACUACUAUGAUGUUACCUAUUGUCGAAAUUGUUCUCUUAGAACUUGAAGCACAAGGUUUGGGUGAUAUGUUCAUACGAGAAGAAAAUAACUGUGAAGAAAGUAUAGAAUCAUCAAAGAAACCGACACAUAUUACUAUGACAUAUUAUCUUGUGACAGCGUAUGCUUCUAGUCUUGGAGGUGUAGGCACAUUAGUCGGAACCGGCACUAAUUUAACAUUAAAAGGAUUCUUUGAAAAACGGUUCCCAAACAGUUCUGGCAUUAACCUAACAUCGUGGAUGCUUUAUUCAGUCCCACCAAUGCUUCUAAUGGGAUUCCUCACGUGGCUUUGGCUUCAAGUUAUGUACAUGGGAAUGUUUAGACCAGGAAGCAAAGACGCGAAAGCUAUUAAUAUUGGCAAACAGGGAGAAAAAGUUGCAGCAACUGUAAUCGAAAAAAGAUACAAAGAACUCGGCCCGAUUACGUGGCACGAAUUCUCUGUUGGUCUCCUCUUCCUUGUAAUUGUACUACUAUGGUUCUUCCGAAAUCCGGGAUUUGUACGGGGUUGGCCAACUUAUAUUACCGAUUUACACGUUAAAGAUUCAACGGCAGCCGCUGGUGUUACUCUUCUUUUCUUCAUAUUACCAUCUAAACUGGAUUUUCUUCGAUCAUUCGACGCGGAUCCUGUUAAUCGUCCAACCAAACCAUCGCCUAGCAUGAUUACUUGGAAAAUGAUUAAUACGAAGAUGCAUUGGAGUUUGAUUUUAGUUUUGGGUGGUGGAUUUGCCAUCUCAGCAGGAAGUACCACUUCCAAUCUUUCUUCUAUUCUAGGAAAUGCUUUAACUAUUUUGAAAUCAAUAAAUCCAUUUGCGAUAUUAUUUAUUGUCUGCCUAUUUGCAGAAACUAUCACAGAAUUGACAUCUAAUGUUGCAAUUGCAAAUAUUAUUUUACCUGUUUUGGCAGAAAUGUCUAUUGCUUUACGAAUACAUCCACUAUAUUUGAUGCUGCCAGCCUCUUUAUGUUGUUCUUUUUCAUUUCAUCUACCAGUAGGCACUCCACCAAAUACAAUUGCUAUUACAGCAGGUCAUAUAAAAACUAGAGAUUUCGCAAUUGCUGGAAUAGGACCUAGCAUUAUAACACUUCUUGUAACAAUAUUUGCAUUUUCCACUUGGGGCACCUACAUCUUUAAUUUAUCUGAGUUUCCUGAUUGGGCAACUUAAAGCUGCUUCAGCGUUUCAUUAUUGUGUUUAGUACAUCAUUAUCACUCAAUGUUUUUAAUAAAUAUCAAACUUCAUAAUCAUAUACAUAUAUAUUCUAUUUUCCAUUUUAUAUAGAUUUAUAAAAAAAAUGUAAUAAGUAUUAAAUUUAUUAUAUUAACGAAAAAUAUAAUAACAUUAUUGUA